AUGACCAAAGAUGCCGUGAAUCUAGAUGCUUACACCGUGAGCUUCAUGCCUUUCUAUACCGAGUAUCAAGGACCAACCGAAGAGUUUAAGGAUUACAAAUUCGAAGAUACUAUUUACUUUCGUGGCAAGGAACUGAAGAGGGAAAAGUCUGCGACGCCUUCCAGUAGCGAUAACACAACUAGUAAUACCUUCAGUAAUGGCGCCAUCCUCUCGGGAAACACAAUAACUGGCAAGAUAGUUUCAGUGAAUAAUUACGAAAGAGAGGGCACUGAUCGCAACGAAUUGGCGCGAUUGCAAGAAUUGAUCUCCCUCAUCGAUGUCAUAAAUCAGUAA